CCACCUCCGACCAGACCGGCGGGGGUUCUUUAUGGACCCUCACCCGCUGGCCCAGGCCCUUUCGCGACCCUUCCGCUGAGGACUUUGGUCUCGGCUGGACCCCCGAGACCACCGUCUGCUGGCUGACGGCUGCUCCGUGAGAGGCGCCUUGCCGCACUUCGAUAAGACGAGACGAAUAUUCGCAUUCGAGGAAACGAGACGGGGAGCGGAGAGGGAAAGAACUUAACCACCGAGACAACGGGGGGGAAAAAAAAUACAAUCCGUUGAGAUAGCAUGCCUGCUGAGCUAGAGUCCGCCGCCGCCGACGACGACCGCCAUCGCCCCAUCCUCCUACAAGAUGGUCCAGCUCACGGCCGCCGCCCUCCAUUUCCCAUCAUGCCUCCUUCAUCCUCAUCGCAGCAGCAUGACGGUCAGCAGCAGCAGAAGCAGCAGCAGCAGCAGCAGCAAGAGCCGCAAAAACGUGACAGGAACCUGAGGGAACAGCGCCACACAAACAGAAACCUCGACGAGGACAUCUCUCCGGAUCCGCGACUGGCGACGGCAGCUGCGGCAGCGGCCGCCCUGAGCCGCGAGUCUUCUGCGCCCUCCAGCGCUCCCGCAUCCAGCGGUGUCGAUGCCAUAUCGAGCUACCAGCGCCUUGUCAAGCGCUACCGUGUCGAGGUGGCAGCCUCGGCAUCCAGCGUGCUUUCCACCUUAACAACCUUCCCGCUCGACAGUGUCAAGACGCGCAUGCAGACGUACCGGUACGCCGGUUUCCUCGACUGCGUCAAGCACACGUACAGCACGGAGAAGUUUCGGGGCUUCUUCCGCGGCGUCACGGCGCCCAUGGCCAGCAUCACGCUCGUGCGGACCGUCUCCUUCUCCAUCUACCAGCGGUCCAAGCACGCCUACUGCGACUGGGUCAAGCGGAAUUUGGGCGUCGACGUCAUGGCCCACGUCAGCUCGCCGGGGAGCUUGCCGAGCUUCUGGUCCGUGGCGACGUUUGGCGCGGCCGGCGCGACGGCCGGGUCUUGCAUAACGGUCAUAGCCUGCCCGUUCGAGUUGACCAAGCUCAGCGCCCAGGUGUCCGUUCUGCUGGCGGACAAGAAGAACUAUCCAAAGCCGGGAAGCCACGCGAUCGCAGCGAGCUACCAGAACAAGGGAACGCUCAAGACGCUGGGGAACAUCAUCAAGCACAGGGGUUUCGGCGGGUUGUACACGGGAUUUCGGUUACAUCUGAUGCGCGACACGCUCGGCACGGCAACCUAUUUCAUGACGUACGAAAGCAGCAAGCAGCUCCUGACCACUUUCGGGGGCGACGGCACCCAUUCUAAUCCGCUCGUCGUCGUCGUGGCCGGGGGCCUGUGCGGCAUCGUUUCCUGGGCGUUGAUAUACCCCGUCGACUCGGCCAAGUCAAUCUACCAGCGCAACUCCCUGAUGUACUCCAAGGGCGAGAAGGUCGAGCCCGUCAAGAUCCGCUUCUUCCAGCGCAACAUGUACCGCGGCCUCGGCGUAUCCAUGGGACGGUCGUGUGCCGUCAAUGCCGUCUUCUUCUCGUCGUUUGAGUUUCUGAAGAAGCGCAUCAAGGCCUGGGACCAGUAAUCCCAACCCCCCCAACCUUUUUUUUUUUUCG